AUGGCUCAUUUGGAAACGGCAUUAGGACGCAAAGUGGAAACAAAAGAACUCAAAUUACGAGAACAUUUUCAGACAGUUGUGGAAACGGUGCAAGAAGAUAUCAAAGAUCAGUUGCGGAAAAUGCAGCAGGCAAUGGUGAGCUCUAACUCAACAGCUACCGAUGGUGAGUGUUGGUAAUGUUAUAAAAUUGUUCACGGCAGAGAGUGAAUCAUUCAGUUUCCCAGCCAAACUCUGCUGAUUAGUGAUAUACAAAAUGUCUUCUUACCAUGACUUGUUGUUUUUAAUUGAAUUGUAAGCUUAUGCACAAGCUAAGCUUAAACGAAACGGGUCUCUAUUUUAUUCCAAGAGUUUAGAGUUGAGGAAACAAAGAUUGGUUAAAUAAUAGUUACCUGUUGACUAUCUCUUUCGUAUUAGUACAUAAGGCCUGCAGAGAGUCUCUUCACCCUUCUUUUUUAGCUGUUGCCGCACCACAACUCUGCAAGGUUGUCAUACCUCCUCAUUUCUUUCGCCGAAUGUGCGUCUUUUAUUUGCUGAUGUUUUGGGGGCUGAAGAUCAUCUUUAGCCAAACAAAUGCACUCUGGCUCUUCAAAUCGGGCGUUACUGCUAAGUCGUCCCUCCUCUCAGACUGUGUCUCAAACACUGAAUAAACCGAACUCGUCUUUCUUCAGGGGCACCCAACGGCAAUUUUCGGGAAAAUAUCUGUUCGGGAGACGAUUUGAGAUCUAGAAUUUUCGGAGCAUUUGUUGUAAAAUUUCUUGCUUGCCUGCCUCUCCUAGGAUUUUCGAACAUCUACAAUUUCGAGAAGGUAAGUUUUUAUCCCUAUAAUUUUCGGAUCACUAGACUUUCAGCUAGGAAAUCCGAACAGAUGAAAAGUUUUUAGGGGAUAAAAAUAUGCCUAUAUCUACCGUUUGAACACUAAAAUACGUGGUUUUGAAUAAUAUCCUCGUUGGGUGCCCUUGUUUCUUCUCAUUAUCUUGUCCAUCCAAACUAAAGCUGCCGGCAAGGUGGAAGGUCAGGAUGAGUACCACCACCCGCACGGCAUUUCUUCAGAUUUUAGAAACCGAUUUUUCUUGGUAACUUAUAUUGCAUCAAAUCGCUGUUCGUUCAUAUAAUAUGGCUUCGAGAUAAGACAAAAGGAAGAUAGGCGAGGCGAGAUAAGUCAUAAAAGAAAUAAGACAAGGAGGUUUUUUGCACAUUUGUCUAAAAAAAAAUCCAAAAGUAGAUUGAGUAAUUGCUUACAUCAUAGGUUACAAAUUUUGUAUGAAAUGAGUACGGGACUUCCACUUCCACUUCCACUGAGUAGUAUAUAUAAUCUAUACUUCUAGUAUAACGUUAGUAUAUAUCUUAACUGUUAGAUACUGUUUAUUUAGCGAGCACUGUUUUGCUUUUCAAACCCAGGAUAGCGAUUGCUAAUAAUUUCUCUUUAUAAUAAGGAUUUAGAUCCUCUUGAUUGCUAAUAUUAAUAUACAUUCUGUUUUUUGUACAAGCCACGACGACUUCCACGACCAAAUGCAAAGACGAUGGCACUAAAAACGGAGGGCACAAGGAUCAGCAGUGUUUCCCGAAUGCGAACAAGACUCCGCCAGCCGGGCAUAGUUUUGAUAGUUAUAAUAGAGAAAACCUACCACCGCAAGACCAAGGCUCAGGAGAAGUUUCAAAAGAUGAGGAACUAGAGAUUAUUAAAGAUACAGAGGAUGGACCUCCUUAUAUCCGUAAACUUCAAGUAAAAGAGGAGCUGUCAUUGUCAAAAUCAAUGCUCUCCAGAAAAUCUAUUGGUGAAAUAAGGCAGUCUCCAGAAAAGGUGUUACUGAUGGUCGGUGCGACUGGGGCUGGGAAAAGCACUCUGAUCAAUGCCAUGGCCAACUACCUUAAGGGCGUCAAAUGGAACGAUGACUUCCGUUUCAAGCUAAUAACAGACGAUGAACCAACGAGUUACCUCACUGCUUACACAUUUUACCCUGCUAUUAAUGAGUCCCCAAUUCCCUACACGUUCACAGUAAUUGACUCUCCUGGGUUUGGUGGAACAGACGGAUUAAGAAGAGACAAAGAGAUCACUGAGCAAAUAAAGAAGUUCUUUACUAUCCCUCUACCAGAAGGAAUCGACCAUCUCGAUGGAAUUGGCUUUGUCAUUGAUGCUUCACAAGCACGCCUUACUCCAACGCAGAAGUACAUAUUCGAUUCAAUCCUGUCAAUAUUUGGCUGUGAUGUUACUCAAAAUAUCUUCACGAUGAUUACCUUUGCAGAUAGUCAAAGUCCUCCUGUUUUAGACGUCAUCAAAGAAAUCGAAAUCCCAAGCCAGAAUGAAAAACUUUUCAAGUUCAACAACUCUGCUCUUUUUGCGUCGAACGUUGCUCAAGAAGGAAUAAGCUAUGACAAAAAGUUCUGGGAAAUGAAUACGAGUUCUCUCGACAAAUUCUUCUUGGAAUUCCCUAAAUCUGAAUGCGUCAGCCUUCAACUCACUAAGAAAGUACUGAAGGAACGAGAACAACUGUACGUUUCACUUGAAAGUCUUAAAGAUCAGAUCAAGUUGGGACUGGACAAAAUGGAAGAGAUGAGACAGGAGGAACUUGUGUUGCAAGCACACGAACUAGAAAUUGAAGCAAAUAAGGAUUUCACCUUUAAAGUCACUGUUACUAAACCAGUUCAUGUCAGCCUAGAAGGAACAGGACAACACACCACCACAUGUAUUAAAUGCCAGAGCACUUGUCAUAAGAAUUGUAAAAUUGCUGAUGAAAGGAAAAAGAUUAACUGCAGUGUCAUGGGAGAGGAAGGCAAAUGCAGAAUUUGUCCUCUUGGUUGCAUUUGGUCUGAUCACAAGAACUUUCCAUACUUGAUCAAGUAUGAAGUGUCUACAGAGACAGGAACAUUAGAAUCUCUCAAAGAGAAAUACCUAAAGGCGGUUCACGAAAAGGCCACAGCAAAACAGAUGCUGAUUUCGUUGGCGGAAUCUCUAGAAAAUGUUCAUGUAGGAGUUCUCAACAAAAUAAGACAAGCUCAGAAAAGUGUUCGUCGUUUGAAUGAAAUCGCUCUUAAGCCUAAACUACUCACUGAAGAAGAGUACAUUGAACUACUUAUUGAGUCUGAGAAAAGAGCUGCCAGUCCUGGGUGGGCCCAACGUGUCAAAUACUACGAAGUGGCAAAACGUCAUGCUCAGCUCCUCUCCAAAACAAAGGAUGAAGAUGAAAGCGAGAAGCUGGUUCGAAGGCUGUCCCGGCAAGUUUCAGACAUCAGCGAAGAGGCAAGGAAAACACUGAAAAACGUAUCCCUCGAUGAUGAUGAUUCUGAUGCUUGGUACUCAAGAUUCAAGUUUUAG